UCGCGGCGGGCUAGGUAAUCGGCGAUGGCGGCCGGGUGAUCAUGGGGUCAGGGAUUGGGAAUUAGGGCGGUUGGAAUCGGUGUGCGCGGCUCGACGCGGGAGAAGAGCCCAGCGCGAAGCUAGGGUUUUGAGGAUGGGGUAGCGGAAGCCAGGGCGGAGCCGAAUUCCGGAGGAAAUGGAUCCGGAGCAGACAUUCUUGAGAGUCCACGCGCGCCUGUCCGGCGUGCUUGCGCGGCUUCUCACUCCCAGGUUCCGGACUGUCCUCGAGUAUCUUUGCCUCUUCAAUGCGGUAGUGCUGCUGGCGCUGCUCGUUGUGAUGCAUGUCAACUUCGUGGCCCAGCCCGGUUGUGCUACUGAGUUUCAUGCCGCCUCUGACGCGCAGCUCAUACAAGUGAAGAUUACCGGCAGCAGUAGAGCUUUCGAGGAGCAACACCAAUUCCUGUUCAGCCCCCUUACUCACCAGGAUCAACCUGAGACGGCUCAAAAUGCUGGGUGGAAGUUUUGGUUUCACGAAGCCGGGUCUAAGAGCAAAGCGAAGGUAUCGGAAGGUGAGGAUGAUGGUGAGACCGCUUCUGAGGAUGUUUCUGGCGGAGAUGAAGCGUUCCGAGCUAAUGUUGCCGGCACGACUCUCCUACACUAUUUGAGUAAAUGGAGUAGCUUCCUUAAGAACAUGGAGCAAAGUAUGAGAACUUUUGCGCAAGUUUGGAGGAUCGCGGGCUGGGAAUCGUUUGCCGCCACGCUGAAGGGCGAUCGACGUGCCGUUGCCUGGAAGGAUUCCUUGAUUGUAGACCGGGCAGAUAAGCGAGGCAAAAUCCAUGAUCCAAUGUACUUGUACAGCGUCGAAAAGGGUUAUUUGAUUCUUUCAGAAGUUGCAAAGGUCCAGCAUGAAAUCCGAACGGUCAACGUAAGCAUUUGUGCUCAAAAUGCUUGUUUUGGCAACAGAUGGCAGCGUUUUCUUAUUGACAAUUUCGUCGGAUACGACACAAUUCUAAUGAACAGUCUCUUAACUGCUCGGGACAAAGGAUAUCUCUAUAACUUUCAGACAAAGGAGCUCUACAACCUCAAUUAUCUACAGGAGUCGAGUGGAGUAUCUCAUGGAGUUGAAGGUAAGCUUUCCUUCAUGCGUUUGUGCUGUACUCACAUAGUUUUUGUAGAUUAUGUUGUUUUCAAGUUCGGGGUGCUGAUAAUGUCAUUAUUUGUGUUUUUCACCACAACAAUGUCUGUUUCGUUCACCCUCAGAGAAACGCAAGCUCGAAUGCUGAAAUUCACAGUCCAACUGCAGCAUCACGCACGACAUCGUCUUCCUACCUUCCAUCUUAUCUUUAUCCAUGUGUUUGAGUCACUAGUUUUUGUGCCUAUUAUGAUCGGUAUUUUGUUUUUUCUAUUUGAGUUUUUCGACGAUCAGCUCUUAGCUUUCAUGGUUUUGACUUUGGUGUGGCUAUGCGAACUCUUUACAAUGAUCAGUGUCAGAACCAGAAUCUCAAUGCAGUAUUUUCCUCGAUUUUUCUUUCUCUACUUCAUGGUGUUUCACAUCUACUUCUUCUCUUAUACAUACGGAUUCUCUUAUCUCGCGUUUUCAGCAACUGCGGGAUUCAUGCAGCACCUGGUUUUAUUUUUUUGGAAUCGUUUUGAGAUACCUGCAUUACAAGUAUAUCUACGUAGAAGGGAGCUACUUCAGCAGCAGGGGUUACAUGUAACGUCGUCGGCAAUACUGACUUCAGCUGUGCAAGUGACGCGGCUAAACCCUGUCAACCCGCCAAGAUCUGCAGAACAAAGAGUAGAAGGGAACAAUGGCUCUAGGACUUCCUUAGGAUUUAUGACUGGAACUUUCGAAGUAGGCGGGUUGCAGUCUUCCAACAGCUCGAGAACUUCCAACGCAGCCCAGAUUCCUUCGGACAGAAUGACGGAUAGUCUAGAUUCUACUGUUGGCGUGCCAGAUGCUUCUGUGGAGAACACUCAAGCCGAGGGCCCUCCAACCCCAGCGGCUAAUGCUCCUAUCAUUCAGGCUGCUCCCAUCACAGCAUUCGGUUCCGUGUUUCCGUGGACCUUAGGGAGCCCGUCAACGGCAUUGGUUUCCUUCCUUCCCAUAUUCCGGGACUUCAGGGAGCCUGAACCGGAGCCAGCAGGGACGACAACCACUGUAGGGACGGGUGGCGCCGAGGACGACAACGGUGGCUUGCGACAGAGGAACAACAGGACUCAAGAAGCUGGAAGCGAGGCGGAUACAUAGCAACAUAUUGCGGUGACGAUCCAAAACACCAGUGGACUGACUCGUUUAUAAUCUCGGGUUCCAGGAAAAUGGUGGCUGAAAACUUUUUUCUUCGUCCAGGCAGCAGCUCUCCUUCACCAGGUUCCGGUCAUGUCUAUAUCGUCGGUUGGUUAGUUUACAACGGAUUGGUAGUAAAGAACUUGUGUGCUGUUGUGUGUCAAAUCGGAAAGCUCAGAGGGAAUCAAUAGUGUGUUUUUAU